AUGGCCACGAUGCAUCUCCCUCCGGCGACGCUUUACGCCGGGAAACCCUCCGGUGUCUUAUCUCCGACGACUCCGAACGACGCCCUACUACUCAACAGACCCACCAACCGUAGUUCCGGUCUGGUCCUCCGAUCGUCUUUCUUGCCCAUAUUUUCGAUGAGACCUUUACCCAAAAUGAAAUCUUCUUCUUCUGCUCCCAGAUUCUCCAUGCGUGUCGCCUCCAAGCAAGCCUAUAUCUGCCGUGAUUGUGGGUAUAUUUACAAUGACAAAACUCCAUUCGACAAGUUACCUGAUAAAUAUUUCUGUCCAGUGUGUGGUGCUCCUAAACGCCGGUUUAGACCCUACAUGCCUGAUGUGAGCAAGAACGUCAACGACAAGGAUGUGAGAAAGGCUAGAAAAGCUGAGCUCCAAAGAGACGAAGCCAUUGGGAAGGCGUUGCCCAUUGCAAUUGCGGUUGGAGUUUUAGCUCUCGCAGCUCUUUACUUCUAUGUCAACAAUACAACAUGA